CCUUCCUUUUAUAAAAACCCACUUUGGAUUAUCAUACAAUUCACCAACUUUGUCUUCAAAUCCCGCCUAAACUCAACCAAAAAUGGAGAUCCCAUUCAAUUUUCUCAUUACCCUUCUUGUUUUAGCUCCAACUUUGGUUUCUUCAUCUUCAGCCGUUCAAGAUCCGGAACUGGUAGUACAACAAGUACAAGAAAGCAUCAAUGCAUCGAGGAGGAAUCUUGGUUUUUUAUCAUGCGUAACCGGCAACCCGAUUGACGAUUGCUGGCGGUGCGACACAAACUGGGAGAAGAACCGGAAGCGCUUGGCUGAUUGCGGCAUUGGGUUCGGGAAACACGCCAUUGGAGGACGAGAUGGAAAGAUUUAUGUAGUGACUGACCCGAGUGACUCCGACCCGGUUAACCCAAAACCAGGGACUCUCCGUCACGCUGUCAUCCAAGACGAGCCGCUCUGGAUCAUCUUCAAACGCGACAUGGUGAUAAAGCUGAAGCAGGAGCUGCUAAUGAACUCGUUUAAGACGAUCGACGGGCGCGGAGCCAGUGUCCAUAUCGCCGGCGGACCAUGCAUCACCAUCCAGUACGUGACUAAUAUCAUCAUUCAUGGGAUAAACAUACAUGAUUGUAAGCGAGGAGGGAAUGCUUACGUGCGGGACUCCCCAUCGCAUUACGGGUGGAGGACUAUAUCGGACGGUGAUGGAGUGUCGAUAUUUGGAGGGAGUCAUGUUUGGGUAGAUCACUGUUCUCUGUCGAAUUGUAACGACGGGUUGAUUGAUGCUAUUCAUGGAUCAACGGCUAUCACUAUAUCUAAUAAUUAUAUGACUCAUCAUAACAAGGUCAUGCUUUUGGGUCAUAGUGAUUCAUAUACCCAAGAUAAGAACAUGCAGGUCACAAUUGCUUUUAACCAUUUCGGUGAAGGUCUUGUUCAAAGAAUACCCAGAUGCAGACAUGGGUAUUUCCAUGUGGUGAACAAUGACUAUACGCAUUGGUUAAUGUACGCCAUUGGAGGGAGUGCUGCUCCCACAAUUAACAGCCAAGGGAAUAGGUUUCUUGCUCCCAAUAACCAGAACAGCAAAGAGGUGACAAAGAGGGAGAAUACGUCACAGAGUAAAUGGAAGAAGUGGAAUUGGAGGUCAGAGGGAGACUUGAUGUUAAACGGUGCGUUUUUCACGCCAUCUGGGGCAGGAGCAUCUUCAAGCUAUGCAAAAGCUUCGAGUCUCAGUGCCAGAUCCUCUUCACUAGUCACCUCCAUUACAGCAGGGGCUGGUGCGCUUAAAUGCUGGAAAGGCUCGCGCUGUUAAAUUUAACUAAAACACACAAUGAAUAAAACACCACCCAUCAUUAUACAUAAAUAUAACUAUUAAGGGAUUUUACCCUUUCAUUUUAGGAGGAGGAUUCAGGUUUCUGUAAAGUAAUUCCUCAUUUUCAACUUUAUUUUAAUUUGUACAACCCUAUGUCUCCUCUGUUUCUUAGAGGGCACCAUUAGUGGGGCUCAGAAGAAGCAAGUGUUGAUGAGUAGUGAAUUAAUUAUAUUUAAUGCUCAAUAUGACCUGAACUUAAUACAUCACAUUCAUCUAUA